GACAAGAUCCACAUGCGCGGGAUGGUGUUCCACGCGUACCACGGCGUCCUCCCCGAGGAGAAGACGCUCGGGCAGAAGUUCGUCGUCGACGUCGCGAUGUCGACGUGCCUUCGCGCCGCGGAGGCGAGCGACGACAUCGGCGACACGGUCGAUUACGCGCGCGCGUUCGACGUCGUCAAGGGAGAGGUGACCGGGGCGUCGAGGGACCUCAUCGAGUGCGUGGGCGGGCGCGUCGCGAGCGCGCUCCUUCGGACGUUCCCGAGCGUCGCGGACGUGCGCGUCGGGGUCAGGAAGCCGCACGUCGCGGUCGAGGGCGUGCUCGAGUCGCUCGGGGUGGAGGUUUUCCGGAGCAGA